UGCAGGGACAGAGAGACCUCGCGUGCCUUGUUUGUCCACUCAGAAAGCUAAGUUGACGUCACUAUUGCCCCUCUUGUCUGCGCAGCUGACCGCUCACAGGAGGACCACACAAACCGACGAAGUUGGGAUAAACUUUCACUAAUUUUGUCUCAAUUAGCCCGGUCUUCCAAAUGUUUCUCUCUUUUCUAUUAGAAGCAGGCGUCGGUGGUUUUGGUUGAUAGAAACGGUCGCUGAAAACGUUGCUACCUUUUUUUCCCCUUCUUUCUUUGGGGUCAGUAACCUGUGAAGAGAGCAAAAAAGAUUGACUGCAAACUGGGAUUUAUCUGUGUUGGCGUUUUAACAACAGUAGGCUAUUGUCGUCUGUCUUCGAAGCUGACGUUGUUUUUGCUUUUUCUAUUCUUCAAAGCGGACUUAAAAAAGAUAAUAUUUGUGAUUAACGAAGGCCAGAGCUCCACCUGCUACAGGAAAACACAGGCAAACGUGACGUGGCCCACCUGCCCUAAGGAGUCAAGGAGAGAAGGAAGGAAAGAUCGUUGUCUAUUGUUGCCCUCUGCUUUCUACUGUAUAUAGAUGUAUACUGAGAAAGUUGUGACGGAGGGGAAGAUGGGAACAAUAACACCAUUAUCAUGUUGACUGGAUGUUUGGAGGAGAAGCCAGAGGAAGGGAGGUGAAGAGAGGACAGGUACAGAAGGGGAGGAGGAGCAGACAGGAGGCACAAAGAGGGAAGGAAUGAGAAGGAUGGGUACAGAUGGAGGCAAGUAAAGUGAACAGGGGAAUCUCUCUGACCUGUUUGUUGACCCCCUGCCGUGUGAUUGGUGUGUGUGUGACUCUGAUGACCCUGGGAGCCAUUGGAGCAGCCGUCUGGGCCGUAGUCACGUAUUGCACAAUGGAGGAAGACACAGGACUGUAUGAUGUCCAGGUAAAUUCUGCUGACCAACGUCUCAGAGUCUUUGACUCCGCCCAGAGGAGGUGGCGUCAGGUGUGUUCCUCCUCAGCCAAUGAGCUGCUAGCUAGCAUCAGCUGUGAAGAAGUGGGCUUUAUAAGUGUGGUGAAUUACUCAGUCACAUCGGUGCCAGAGGCCAGUGGAGAUGGUGGGGAGUUCUUCUGUGUCAGACAGCAAGAGCUCAGCUAUGGCAAGAAAAUCAAAGACUCAUUGUUCCCAUGUGACUGUGAGAGCAGGGAGGUUCUCACACUGUUGUGUCAAGACUGUGGCAGACGUAGUUUUGCAGCAGACCGUAUAGUUGGUGGUGUGGAUGCCAGGCAGGGCAGUUGGCCUUGGCAGGUCAGAUUGGAGUAUGAUGGAGUUCAUCAGUGUGGAGGAACCAUCAUCUCAAACCGCUGGAUUGUCUCAGCUGCUCACUGCUUUCGAGAGCGGUAUCGCUUCGUCAAUCGCUGGCGUGUGCAGCUGGGCUCCAUCUAUAGCAAACCAGUCAACGCCAACGUGGCUGAGGUGAACACCAUUGUUUACCACAGCAGUUACCUGCCCUUUGUAGAUGCUAGCAUUGAUGACAACAGCAGGGACAUCGCUGUUCUGGCCCUCACCCAUCCCCUCACUUUCAACGAAUAUAUCCAGCCUAUUUGCCUGCCAGCAUACGGUCAAAGACUGAUAGACGGACAGAUGGGAAUAGUAACAGGCUGGGGAAAUGUAGAUUACUAUGGUAUUCAAGCAGAUAUUCUCCAGGAAGCCCACGUCCCCAUCAUCAGUGACACUGUCUGUAACUCUCCUGAUUACUAUGACAACCAGAUUACCACCAGUAUGUUCUGUGCUGGUUAUGAGAAAGGAGGCACUGAUGCCUGCCAGGGAGACAGCGGCGGUCCUUUUGUGGCAGAAGACUGCCUGUCUAAGACCAGGCGGUAUCGGCUGCUGGGGGUGGUGAGCUGGGGAAUAGGCUGUGCCAUGGCCAAGAAACCAGGCGUCUACACCAGAGUGUCCCGAUUUCUGCCCUGGAUAUCUACGGCCAUGAGGAACUAUGACCACUCACCAGGGCUUCACAAAAUGGCCCGGACAUGAGAUUCCUGCUCCUAUGUUUCCACUUUUUCUUCUCUUGGGAUGACAAUAUUAAAAGACCUCGAAGAUGUCAACAGGGACUUUUGGACCGGGGGAUGCAAGGCUGCCCCGUUUCCCUCACAUCACGGUUCUGGAUUUUCCUUUUCACCUAAAACUUUUUUUAUUGAGAUUUUUUUUUUAUGAGAUUCCUGAACCUUCCUACAUUGUUAAAUGCCCACCAAGACCAUACUCCUUGAUAUAUACCCUGUAUCUUUGCAGAGAUACACAGAGCUCUUUAAAGGAGCUGUACUCGAUAUUCAGCACAUUAACAUAGCAGCAAACAAAUAUUUAGUAUGUAAAGAUAUCAUGGAGUAAUGGCGUCCUAUGCAGAGAAUCUGUAUGUAUUGUAAUCCAAGCUUCUCUGUUCUUUGUUUUGAUAGCUGGUUCAGCAGCAUGUGCAUGUUUGUGCGUGCCUUGUGCGUUGGUAUCAGACGUCAAGGGCCGUGACAACCGCUGGUAUUGAGCAGUCCGUGAGCCCACUUUUUUCAGUAUCUUGAGUACAGCCCCUUGAACAUGAAGUUUUACGGAUCAGCAAAAAGUUAUUGAAGUUGACUGUUAUUAUGAAGAUUAGAAUCAGUAUAUUGGAUUUAAGGUACCAGCUUUGCAAAAUAUAAUGAGAUUAUUUUUCUGAGAUUACUUUUUUCCCCGCUCUUGUACGUUUAAGCUGUAUACUACUGCGAUGUUACCAGAAGUAAGAAAUAACCACUAUAACUUGUGAGAUAAACAGCAAUACAUUGAAUCAAGACUUGUAAAUGCUCAGGUUCACCUUAAAGGUCCCAUAUUGUAAAAAGUGAGAUUUCCAUGUCUUUUUUUUUUUAUUAUAGAGCAGGUCGAGGUGCUAUAUGAAUACUGUGAAAGGAUCAAAACGCUCAAUCCACAGGGAAAUGCACACAGCCCUUAUUCAGAAACGGUGCCUUUAAACAAGUCGUCAGGACUUUUGUACAGUUAUGAUGACACAACUAUACUAUUUACAGGUAGACAGUGCCUCUACAGUGCAGUUACAGUGAUUCCCCGACUGCAAUGAUGGUGCAGGGACACUUAGAGCGCAGAUAAGGAAGAAUCAGAAAAGGUGACCAAUCAGAGCAGACUGGGCUUUUCCAGCAGGGGAUCUUAAAGAGGACUGGGGCUAAAACGGAGUGUUUUAGACACAGGAUGAAUACAGGUAUCUUCAGACAGACAGUAUGAGGAAAAUAAUGUGUUUGUGAACAUUAAAGCAUGUAAACAGGUUCUAAUAGAAACACAAAAUACAAGUAUCAACCUGAAAAAGAGCAUGAUAUGGGACCUUUAAGAAUUCUAGAUGUAAUUACAAGGAUUCAUACAAUAAGAAUAAAAUUCCUUAUGUAGAGGUUUUAUCUUGUUCCAACAAGAGUCCCUUUCUUCAGUGCCAGACUUCCUGCUGCCAGCGUGCAUAGCAACCCACAGUGAGUGCAGACUGCACUGUUGAUUUGUAAUAAAGAUCAUAAAGAUCUUGUGCAAAUUCAACUCCUAGUACUUUUUACAUUGUGCAACACA